CUAGCAGUAGGCUGAGUGAUGUUGGUGUCGACACACUGUUGGUCAAUUUGCCGGUUUCCUGUCAGAAAUGACAGCCAUGUGUCUUAUAAGUUUAAGCGUGUUGCGUGUGUGUGUUUUUUUUGUUUGUUUUUAUGGUCUUUCUAAAUAGUGGAUUUUCACCUCCUGUCUGUGUGCAGGUUUGGCGUGCGCUUCCCCUGCAUGUCGGACGCGUACGACCGCGAGCUGCGCAAGCUGGCGCACGAGGUGGUGGCCGAGCUGGACUAUGGUGACUUUGUGCACGAGGGGGUCUACUGCGUCAUCGGGGGGCCUUCUUUCGAGACCAUCGCAGAGUGCCGCAUGAUACGUCAGCUCGGAGCCGACGCCCUGGGCAUGAGCACGGUGCACGAGGUGAUCGCGGUGCGUCACGCCGGAAUGCGCUGCCUGGCCGUGUCGCUCAUUUCCAACCGGGCGGUCAUGGACUACGAGAGCGAGGCCAAAGCCAACCACGAGGAGGUCCUGGAGACGGGCUGCCAGCGGGCAGCGCAGCUCGAGCGACUGGUCAGCACGCUGGUUGGCCGCCUGGAGCUGUGCCACAACAAGUCCUUGUGAGGAUGGCAGGGUUUUUGUAAGUGGCCAUUUAAGAGGAUUUUUAAAAAAUACAGUUAAACAAAGCAUUAUUUGCUGGUACGUUCAUCCUGGCAAAUAUUUAUUUCCAUUAAACCCAAAAAUCGUCUCUGUGGCAUCCCUUUGGAUUUUUGUUUGAAAAUCCAGCCAACAAAGCCACUUGCAUUUAAGAGCAACAUCAUGAUGAGACCCACAAAAAAAAGUCUCAAAAAGCCAGGCCGGAAAAGUCACAGCAAGUAUUCCAAUUAGGGUUUGAAACAAACAUUUGCGUGACAGUUUCAGGCAUCCUUUCAAAGACAAACGAGAGGGUUUUUGUUCCAAAAUUAGAACUCCAAUCAACCAAACUCAAAGUGUAUUUGACUUAGCAACAUGAAAUUCAAUUGAAAUUUUUAUUCGGAGUGGACACUCCAAAACGUCCCAAGAAACCAUGCCCGAAAAGACACAGGAAGUCUACCAUUGCGAUUCAAAGUCGCCAUUCUACGGGUAAUAUCUACCAUUUCCUGGGUUCAUAACCAUUCUUUAAAAAUCCUCCUCCUGAUCCCCAAAGCCAGUUUCUCUGAGAAACGUGACAUUUAUCACACAUGUCCAUCACUAGUUAGACCCACAAAAAAGUCUUAAGAAACUAUGCGGUAAAAUUCUCAAGGAAGCAGCAGGAAGUGUGCUAUUUUGGGUUUGAAGCGACCAUUUUAGGACAUUCCUUGGGCUCCUCCAAACUAGAGAUUUUUUGAGACCAAAUUGGAAGGGGCGCCAACCAAGCUCAUAACUGGUAUUCACGUAGACAUGUCACAAAGAAAGUCAAGAAACCCACCACCGGAAAACACACUGGAAGCAUUCUAAAAUGAGUCCCAAAUGUCCGUGAAAAAUGAACUCCACCAGGAAAUGUACAUUUUCCUCACCAAAAUGGAACUCCACAUUCUAAACAAGCGGAUGAGUUUUAAGUUGCAAGUUUGCAUCCAAGUUUGUUAGCCUCCUACUGUCCAGGGUUAAUACAUCAACACAUACCUCCGCUCGAUGAAACAUUGAAUGCUAAAAAAGUCACGCUCUACUUUCUCUGCUGUGUCAUGUUUCACUCAAAAAGCAGAACUCAACUUGAAAUGCUCUUACUCUAUUUGUGCACUCACUGAUUUAUUCCACGAUGACAGAAUUGGGUCAAGGGAUUUUUGUAAAAGGCGUGAUGUGACCGAAUAUUUAUCUCCAAAGUGUAUUUGUGAUCUAUUGAUAUACACAAAUACACUUUGUGUAUAUCAAUAGAAGAUGUGUAGUGUGGGGAUGGACCAAAACCGUGGGAACAACAACAAAAAGUCUGAUCAGUGUCCUCAGUUGAUGUUUUCAAACUAUUUUUGCCAUAAAAGGACUCACUACAUUGACAGU